AUGGUACACUCAUCAGUACUCGGUUUCCCCCGCAUGGGCGCGGACCGUGAGCUGAAGAAGGCCAACGAAGCUUACUGGGCUGACAAGCUCUCGCGGGACGACCUCAUCAAGGAGGGCAAGCGUCUGCGAUUGGAGCACUGGAAGAUCCAAAAGGAUGCCGGUGUCGAUGUCAUUCCCAGCAACGACUUUGCUUUCUACGACCAUCUCCUAGACCACAUCCAGCUCUUCAACGCUAUCCCAGAGCGCUACUCCAAGCACUCCCUCCACAAGCUCGAUGAGUACUUUGCCAUGGGCCGUGGCCACCAGAAGGAGGGUGUCGAUGUCCCCAGUCUGGAAAUGGUCAAGUGGUUCGACUCAAACUACCACUACGUCAAGCCCACCUUCCAGGAUGGCCAGAGCUUCCAGCUUGCCGAGAACCCCAAGCCCGUUGCUGAGUUCCUCGAGGCCAAGGAGGCUGGCAUCGUCACCCGCCCUGUCCUCAUCGGUCCCGUCUCCUUCCUCGCCCUUGGCAAGGCCGACCGUGACCAGACCGUCGACCCCAUCUCUCUCCUCGAGAAGCUCUUACCCGUAUACGUUGAGCUCCUCCAGAAGCUGAAGGAGGCUGGUGCCGAAUACGUUCAGAUUGACGAGCCUGUUCUCGUUUACGAUCUGCCCCAGAAGGUCAAGGACGCCUUCAAGCCCGCAUACGAGAAGCUCGUUGCCAGCGGCCUUCCUAAGCUCAUCCUCGCCACCUACUUCGGUGAUGUUGUACACAACUUGGACGUCUUCCCCAGCCUGCAGGGUGUUGCUGGUAUCCACAUCGACCUUGUCAGGAACCCUGAACAGCUCGACCAGGUCAUCAGCAAGCUUGGCUCCAGCCAGGUUCUCUCUGCUGGUGUUGUCGACGGCCGCAACAUCUGGAAGACCAACUUCAAGAACGCCAUUGAGAUCAUCGAGACCGCCGUCCAGAAGCUUGGCAAGGACCGUGUUCUCGUCGCCACUUCCAGCUCGCUUCUCCACACUCCCCACUCUCUCGACAGCGAGAAGAAGCUUCCCGAGGAGGUCAAGGAUUGGUUCUCCUUCGCCGUCCAGAAGGUCUCCGAGGUUGUCGUCAUUGCCAAGGCUGUCAACGACGGCCCUGCUGCCGUCCGUGAGGCACUCGAGGCCAACGCCAAGUCGAUGCAGGCUCGCGCCUCAUCGGCCCGCACCAACAACAAGGCUGUCAAGGACCGCCAGGCUAGUGUCACCCCCGAGCAGCACGAGCGCAAGUCUGCCUUCCCUGAGCGAUAUGCUCAGCAGAAGAAGCACCUCAGCCUCCCCACCUUCCCUACCACUACCAUUGGAUCCUUCCCUCAGACCAAGGAGAUCCGUAUCUCGCGUAACAAGUUCACCAAGGGUGAGAUCACCGCUGAGGAGUACGAGAAGUUCAUUGAGAAGGAGAUCGACGAUGUCAUCAAGAUCCAAGAUGAGCUUGACCUUGAUGUCUACGUCCACGGUGAGCCCGAGCGUAACGACAUGGUGCAGUACUUCGGUGAGCGCCUUGACGGUUAUGUCUUCACCACCAAGGGCUGGGUUCAGUCUUACGGAUCUCGUUGCGUCCGUCCUCCGAUCAUUGUCGGUGACAUCUCCCGCCCGGCUCCUAUGACCGUCAAGGAGUCCAAGUACGCUGCCUCGGUAUCCAAGAAGCCCAUGAAGGGUAUGCUUACUGGACCCAUCACCUGCCUCCGAUGGUCCUUCCCCCGUGACGAUGUCCACCAGUCUGUCCAAGCUCAACAGCUUGCUCUCGCUCUCCGCGACGAGGUCGUUGACCUCGAGGCUGCCGGCAUCUACGUCAUUCAGGUCGACGAGCCUGCUCUCCGUGAAGGUCUUCCCCUCCGUGCUGGCACUGAGCGUGAGAAGUACCUCUCAUGGGCCGUUGACUCUUUCAAGCUUGCUUGCGCUGGUGUCCAGGACUCGACUCAGAUACACUCCCACUUCUGCUACUCUGAGUUCCAGGACUUCUUCCACGCCAUUGCCGCGCUUGAUGCCGACGUUCUGUCCAUCGAGAACAGCAAGAGCGACGCCAAGCUCCUCAAGGUGUUUGAGGACAAGGCCUACCCCCGCCACAUCGGACCUGGUGUCUACGACAUCCACUCCCCUCGUGUUCCUUCCGAGGAGGAGAUUAAGGACCGCAUGGCGGAGAUGCUCAAGUACCUCAAGCCCGAGCAGCUCUGGGUCAACCCCGACUGCGGUCUCAAGACGCGUCAGUGGAAGGAGACCAAGGCUGCGCUGAUCAACAUGGUCAACGCGGCCAAGUUCUACCGCAAGAAGUACUCUUCUUAAAUUCUUCUGCCAUUUGGCAUAAAUUUGUGACUGUGUUUCAUCAACGCAGUCACGUCCGAGCAGCAUAUCAACUUACUGCCGUGUAAUGUGUGUAAUGAAUAGUUAUGAUACCCAAAAGUUCAACCUGCACCAUGGGUCAUUUAGGGGUGCAAAAUGGAGAGAGGUCUGGGGUGAACGAUCUCAACAUGGGCGUUCAUCAUCAUCAUCAAGCAGCAGGGGGCUGGCUUUGGCGUUAUUUGGGGCCUUUAUUUAGGCAUGGCAUGGCAUGGUCGUUAUGACGGAGCCCGGAUGGUGCAUGUUAGAAUAGAGGACCUCAUCUGAAUGAGUAGUACCAAAAAAAUCUAUCAAUGUUUGCAUCACA